AUGUUUAAGCUUCCAAGAUUGGAUAUGCGUUAUUUAGAAGAGCAGCAACGCCAUGUAGCCUAUAGGAAAGGCGGAGGUGAUGAGUCGGGCCCGAUGUUUCAUCCGAAUUGGCGUGCUGUCAAAUUAUGCGCUCAGUAUUGUGACGCCAAGCAGCUUUUCAGUACAACAAUCUGA